CGGUGAUGUAGGUACGUACACCUGCAAGUUUCCCUCGAAGGGUCCUUUGGUUGUUAGGGAUGAUAAUGAUGAUGAUAGAGAUUGUGGUGGUGGCGGUGGUGCUGAUGAGAAGGAGGAGGGAUAAGGUGCGCAACAUCAACAGCCACAGCAACCACCGCAAGACCAUCCUCGUUCCUCCCUGCGAUCGUUGAUCGGAACUUGUCGCCUGAAUUGAAAACAUCUUUCAAUCCCGUGCUCGGCUUGAUUCGCGGAAAGAAAUGAAGUCAUGAAGUGAUCAGUUGCAAUUGUGCACUCACUCCAUUCACUUCUCCGCCGAAUCGUUGAUGUUUGAUAAAGUGGCAGAAAUAAUUGGGGGAAAUCGGCCUAUUAUGGGAUCAAAACGUGCUUAGAGGAACAUGAAGUGACUUAUUAUCCGCUGGCUGUGAGUGUGACCGUAUUUUUUGUCGUUCCACAAGUGAAUCUCGAGAAGUGAACUGUAAACUCUCUAAAGAGAAAUUUAAGUCGGUAGUCCCACAUUGUUAUCGUGCAUCAUCGGUUAGCUUCGCAUCAAGGUCUGAAACGGUUUGGCGAAAUGCCAUGAGUUCGGGUUGAACCUUGAUCAAAAGACUGGAACAAUAUGCGAGUGGGCUCGUUCGCCUCCUUUGAGCUUAUCAUCAUUGGUGCUUCAACCGUCUUUUUCUUCUUCAUCCUGUUCUCCUCGCGCUCAUCAUCAUGACUUGUAAUGAGAUGGAAAUUAAAUUUGUCUCAAGAUGACAGCCUUGUUGUUGGAUGAAAGAAAAAAAAGUGAUUACCUUCAAGAGCAGAAAUUGAAAAUAAAUUGAAAUUCCCUUCUUUCUCCUGUUCCUAUAUCCACCAUCCCUUUCUUUCCGGCAUCCAGGUCCUUUCUCUUCUUCUUCGCUCUCAACGGAAGGUGGAGAAUCUCAUGGAACCACGUGGAGCUGCUUCAUCGCACACAAGGAAAUAUUACUAUGAGAGGUGGAAUUGGGGAUUUGGCUGGCGCACGACCCACAUUGUUGUCGAAACACCACCCAACAGCCUGAUAAGAUGAAUCCCUUUGAAGUUGUAUUCCUCAGCCUUUUGGCGGCAUGUUUGGGAUUUGUAACCGGGGAGCUGAGAAAAGGGCCAUAUCAUUAUGUGUACACGCCGCCUAUUGAGUCCCUCACCUUGCCCGAGCCGACGAUUCCCAUAUCCCCAUACUCCGAUCAAUGGGUAUCCCCCUCGGAAGCGAAGCGGCGACUUCGCCUCACUUUAUUUCUAACCCAAUUGGGCAACACGGCCUCACCUACAGAAACCAUAAAUCAAAUUCCAAGCUCCUCUCCACUUUCCAUAGCAGGAUCUCGAGCAGUGGUUCUAACCCCCACCCUAACCCCAGACAGUGUGCAAUAUCGCCAUCGCCAGCCUCACAACAGUGAGCGAAGGAAGAAGAAAAGGAGACAGAAACACCCGUCCAAGUUCAGGCGGAAUCGGAAUCACAAGGGACCCUUCAGAAGGCGGUACCACAAGGGAGGAGCCGGAGGGUCCCCUCAGAGCAGGGAUGGAACCUGUUUGGGACACUGUACCAAUAUGUUCGCAUGUAUGCUACAAGGGGGCAGACCAGAGACCAAGAGGUCAAGCAAUUGUCCUGGGAUUUUCCAUGUGUGCUGCUCUCGAUGGACGAGCUCGUCCAGCACUUCGGGACCUGCGCAGUCCCCGCCAUUGCCACCAUCACCCCCCUCACCUUCGGUCCCAUUCUCUGCGGAGCGACCCUACUCUCAAGAACCACUUUAUUCGAGUGCCUCACUGCGAGAGGCCCCAUCUCUGGCCAUUGGAGGGCAACGGGGCAGCCAUCGAGCUCCCAAGCACUUACGUUUUCAGCAGUCACUGCGACCGCAAAAAUCUGGCCGGGCAUUAGCAAUUAUUGAUGAGCCAGAGCAGAACCUGAUCUCCUAUUCUUCGGCCUCAAUAGCUACUGCCUCCACGACGAUUCCUCUCACGAUUGUUCCCGCUGAUCACCAUCAUCAGCACGGUGUUCCAAUUCCCUUGACCUCUGUCGAGGAAACUUUCCUGGAAUCGGAGAACAUCGUGCCUGACUACGAUUUCCGGGACGUGUACUACGACGCUGCCAUCCCUCCAGAGGAUGGAUAUCUCCACUGCGGCGUGUCCAGAAACGCCAAUCGAAGAAUCAUGGGUGGCUUGGAUGCAGGCUAUGGUCAAUUUCCAUGGACAGCUCAUAUCAAGAUUCGAGGCCCAAACAUCGAUAAGGAAUGCGGUGGAACCCUUAUCAACGAGCGGUGGGUGCUGACGGCAGGCCAUUGUACCCAGUACUGCAUCAAUGUUCCCUUGUGUGGCAUUGAAAUUCCGCAGCAUGAAAUCACCUACAAAGUCAUUCUGGGUGAAUACGAUCAGUUGGAGAAUGAACCCGUCCUCCCCGAUGCGUACAUGGCCAUUGAUGUCAUAAGACAUCCGCUUUAUCGCAAUGUCAUGCGCCUCCGUGACAAUGGCUACGUGGAAUCCGAGCCUCGCUAUGACCUCGCCCUCCUCAUGUUGGAUAGGGAGGUGAAAUUGGCACCAAAUGUCGCACCCAUUUGUCUCCCCACUCCUGAGUUCCAUGUCCUGGCCCCGGGCACCCCAAGCACCGUGGUCGGCUGGGGCAGGGUGGGCAAAGACAGCAAAGCCCCUCAUUCGAACGUGUUGCAGGCUGCCACCAUUCCCAUUCUGUCCGAUAAUCAAUGCUUGAGCGAGACAGGACUCUCCAACUUUGACGAUCAAAUCUGUGCCGGAAAUUCAAACAGUGACGUGUCCGCGUGUCCCGGCGACAGCGGCGGUGCUCUUCAAGUCCAAGACGACGAAGGGCGUUGGAUGAUUGUGGGCGUUGUGUCCAACGGUCCAAGUGUGUGUGGGCUUCAACCUGUCAUCUUUCAUAAGAUUGCCAAGACUCUCUCGUGGAUCACCAACGUUAUGGAACGACAGCAGCUCAAUGUUCCGUAGAGAUGAAAUUGUCAUAAGGAAUUCCCAUUGUGUGCCUCGAAUGGGAACGGACAUUCAAUACAAAUGAUUGUGAGGCCCACUCAAGUCCAAUCUGUCUCGAGGGACUGACUCCCAUCUUAAUGCAUCAUGUACAUUGUACAAGUUCUCGACUAACAUUCACAAUACAAACAUAUUUUUGCCAUACAGCGUUUGUCUACAUGGUUCUGACACACCGGUAUAUAUAGAUUCAGGAAACG